AUGUCAGCUGGCUUUUAAAAUCUUGUAACGUACAAGUGCAAGGGGAAAACACUGGAAGGGUAAGAAGCAGGAGACAUUUCUGCAGGGAUGGGGGUAAAAACCCCUACAAGAUAAGGUUUAUUAGCUCUGUCUGCCCUUACCUGAUGACCUCACACAUGAGAGCACUUGCCCUGUAAGUAGCACCUUGUCGUGCUCCAGUUUGUAUCUGUCCUGUACUUGCCUUUGAAGACAAGUGCCUGAAUUGCUGGAGCUCUCUGAGGGCGUUGGGCCAACACCAACCACAGGGUUAUAAAAAGCACUCCUUGUCUAAGGGAGCGAGGGCAGGCUUGGAAACCAAACAGUUCUCUCAGUCCUGGCAAAGCAUUUCUGAUAACCACAGUCAAACCAAAGCUGCAAUUUCCCCAUUUUAUAUAUAGAUGGAGAUGAAUCUGUGCCUUGGCUGGGCACUAUAUAAACGGCUGUCACUGCCUUCCCCCACUCACAGGCUGCCACUGCUAGGAAACAGUGUGAUUCCUCCAGGGAAACGGUGUGUGAUUCCUCCAACUGGAGCCAUGGACACUUCUUAUCCUCGUGAAGACUACCUGCCCAUGUCUUCCCAUAAGCAGGAACCUUCUCCAACGGUCAUCACUGUCAAGCCUCCGGUGGUCCCCCGCGACUAUAUGAUUUGGUCCAUAUUCAACACCAUCUACAUGAACCUGUGUUGCCUUGGCUUUGUCGCUCUUGCCUAUUCUGUCAAGGCACGGGAUCAGAAGGUGUCCGGUGACCUGGAAGCUGCCCAUCGCUACGGCUCCAAAGCCAGAUGCUACAAUGUCCUUGCCACAGUGUGGAAUGUGGUGCUGCCGCUCAUGCUCAUUGCUCUGGUGAUCACGGGUGUCCUCCACCUCUCCAAGCUGGCUCAGGAGUCCAUGGACUUUUUGGCUUACAGACUCUUUCCUAAUGAUGAUGACAAGAAGUGAGCCAAGGAUCUCGAGCAUUCCUGUGAAUGUAUUUUUGACCAUUAAUAUGGCUCUUUACUGAAACUGUCAACUGGUGUAACCCAACCACUAUGCACUACAAAACAUCUGCUAGCUGUAAUUCAGGUCAUCUGGUGCAUUAUACUGAUACAUUAAUGUACCUUGGAACUCAUCUCCCAGGUCACCCUUUGGGGUUGCAGCAGACGAAGAAAUUAAUCCUUGGCGUUCUUCAUAAACUCACGGCUGAGCUGCCCAUCACAGUGUUCUCUCUGUCUCCCAUCUUCCUCUCUGCUGGGCUCUCACACACUUGACAAACAUGCAACAACCAUAUGGAAAGCAGAUACCCCAAGAUAUACUGAUAAAGCUAUUAAAUAUACUUGUGUAAACUGCAUACUAUAUUUAUACCAUGCAUACUAUUUGUCUUUUAUUUUUGCUAGUUUGUGUGUUUUCAGUGUAGUUUCUAUCUGCAGGAGGUUUGUACGAAUAUUAGUGAACGUAUGUUGAGGCAUAUGUGUUAAAUUGUACAAAAAAUAUAAUCUUUAUUCUUUAUUGGCAUGAUCACAGCUAUUCAAUCUGUUAUUGAAUAAUUAGUUUCCAUGGUGACUGCUGAUUGGUAUAUGUUCAGACGUGUGGUGGCUUAUCUACAGAGACAUAUUUAAUCUAUUAGGAAGGAUCCUAAAGUCACCAUCUUUUAUCCUGUAUUAACAAAUCAGGUGGAUAAUAAUUACCCUGGAACCUUUUCAUGUUUCCUUAGGUACAAACCUUAGAACAUUCUUUUUAAAGCUGCAUUUUCUUCUUCCCUGACUCAAGUCUAUCUUGUUACUAUU